AAAACAUUUACAGCGAAAGUGUCAUCACAAAUCUCAAUUAUGUAUUCCGAGAAAAUAAUGUUGUUAAUCGAAUACGUUUGAACUCGAUGAUAACCUAUUAAUAAAGUAAAUAAAUGGAAAUAAAGCAUCACUAAUAUCCAUUCGGUUGAGAUUGGAAGACCGUUCUGUAAAUAUGUUAAAAAUAUUAAUACUUUUUGUGUUAUCCGUGUGUAGUGUAUUCGGGUAUUUUACUUUACCGGGAGAUUGUCCAAAAAAUGUUCCAGUGAAAGAAGAAUUUAGAUUGGCAUCGUUUUUGGAAAAAUGGUACCAAACCCACUACUACUCAACCGAUGGCCAAAAGUUGAACAACUGUUCUGUCAUACAAUGGGAGACCACGAGAACUGGGAUCUACCUGAACCAGUCCAGGGUCGACAGGGGCCUGUUCCAUCGUUACACUAUUGGUAAACUGGAAAUACCGCCCCGGAUUGAGGAUGCAGCAAGAUUGAACGUCUCUUUUACUUUCCCCGAUGCUCCGAGAAGAUUAACAGUGCGGAGGUAUCCGUUCUACGUGCUGGCCACCAACUACAACUAUUACGCUACUGUGUACACUUGUGAAUACAGCCCUCUUAUAGACAAACACUUCAUUUACGUAUGGAUUCUAUCAAGACAUCAAAUUCUCAACGACGUGUCAAAGGAACUUGCAAUCAAGCCUCUGUCAGCACUUAGAAUCGAUCCUAAAAACUUGGUCAAGGAUGACCUUUCGAAGUGCUCUCCAAAGUACUUUGAAGAUAUGCAGGCAGAACCUAUGACUUUUAGGUAUCCUGUACCGAUUCAUUAAUUCUGAGCUUUAAAUAAAAUGGUAAACGAAUUGGAUUUUAUUUCUUUGAUUAAUAUUGGGGUGUGAUUGAUUUUUCAGCAUAGGAACAUGAUUCGCUCAAUUCCUUUUGGGAGUUACCUACAAUGCCACAGGCAGAAAUGUCAUGCUUAUAAAACCCCUCUUUCUGGAAA